UAUUCAAUGUACAUAGCCCAACCAUACAAGCCGCCCGCCGACGCACCUCUCUCGAAUGAACCUCCUCCGACAUAACCUCCAACUACAUCUUGAAGCUUCGAAACAACGGCGACAACGUAUCGUAUAGGUUCCAUCAACUGCUUUAUUUGGUAUGUGAUGACGUGAAUUACCGCUUUUGUAUCCUUCGAAUCGAUUCGAUUUAAUACGGAUUUCGAACUACCAAUCGAUUCUGACGACAUCCUGACAGUCAGACCUUGUAGCACAAAUUCAAUAAAAUAAAAAAAAAAAAGAAAGGGCGGAGAGAGAGGAAAGCCACGAACGAUCAUCGAGCGACCGACCGAACAAGCCAUCUCGAAUCUCGUAGUAAAGAUAAUCUAUCGCCGCCGUGCCCCAUGGCGUAAUCCAUGGCAGACCGAAAACCCUCUGCUGCGAACCCGCGCUCUCGAUCGGCAGUCGAUAACGAUCCUCAGGCGCGACUUCCUUCUAUUUCAGACCUACACCCAAACUUGAACUUGCGAUCCGCCGCUCCUGCCUCUUCGCCGUCCUCAACCUUAUCUUUGACCCCAAGAGUCACACGUUCCUCCGCGCGCAACGCAGCGAGCCAAGCAGCGUCGCCGGGGGAUAUAUCUUCUGGCCAAGCUCCGGCUGCUCAAGCGACCACACCCGCCGGAACUAAUACAAACAUCAACAACCAAUCCUCUCAUUCUUCGAGACCGACGAUAACAAAAAAGAGAAAGCAAGCCUCGAGCGAGAAUACCCCACCUAACCAACCUGCACAGAACGAGUCAACUCCAUCAGCUCGUCGACCUAAACGACAGAAGGUCUCGGACUCAGCACCUGAAAAUCCGCCCGCCCCUACUACUGCACCCACCACCUCCAGUUCGCGUAAGCGGAAAGGAAAGAACACAAUUUCUAUGUCUAGUCCUGCAGCUGGUAGCUCUGACCCACCCCCACCUAACAGGAUGCAGGACUCUACAGCUCCGGCUUCAGCCUCAUCGAGCAGGAAGUCUAGCCGUAACAAGAAACCUAGCCAAACAUCACAGGAACAACCCACAUCGGGCGCUUCUACCUCUACUAGGCGAUCAAAGCGGACGGCUAGCAGUCAUCCACCGCCAAUGCCUCCUCCUGAUCCAGACACAGCUAUGACAGGUACCAGGGAUCACGAUAGCGAAACAGAAGCACUGCCACCUCCACCUCCACCUCCGCCCCCCCCUGCACACGAACCCGAUGAAGACAGUGACGAUAAUGAUGAUGACGAUGAAGAACCUCAUCGCCAUUACGAUGACGAUCCCUUCGGUGGAUUUGGCGGGCCACCGGGAUCGGGCUUGUCCAGUACUCUUAGAGCGCUGACUGGUAUGAUGUCGGGCAUUUCUUCUAGGCUACGCGAUAUCCUUUCGCACCUUCGACAGAAAGAAGACCCGUCGGUACAGCUAGUAGCUCUACAAGAGCUAGCCGAGAUUCUACUCGUCUCCAACGAGGAUAAUCUGUCGGGUCAUUUCUCGCCCGAUACAUUCGUGAAGGAAUUGGUAACACUGAUGCAGCCUAAUGAAAUCACGGGCGAGGAAAAUUCUGAAAUUAUGCUUCUCGCUUGUCGGUGUCUCGCAAACUUGAUGGAGGCACUGCCGGCUAGUGCUGCUAACGUAGUCUAUGGCGGCGCCGUUCCCAUUCUGUGCCAGAAGCUCUUGGAAAUUCAAUAUAUUGAUCUUGCGGAACAGGCCCUGAGUACCUUGGAAAAGAUAUCGGUCGAGUACCCUACGAGCAUUGUUAGAGAAGGUGGCUUAACUGCCUGUCUAACCUAUCUGGACUUCUUUCCUACCGGCACUCAACGGACUGCCGUGACAACCGCUGCAAACUGCUGCCGCAAUAUCCCAGAAGAUUCGUUCAGUGUGAUCACAGGAGUCAUGCCAAUUCUCCUCAACGUGCUGAACAGCAGCGACCAACGGGUUGUGGAGCAAGCCUCACUCUGCGUUACUCGUAUAAUCGAGAGCUUUAAGUACCAAUCGUCCAAGCUAGAGCAGCUUGUCAGCGUAGACUUGCUUAAGGUCAUUUUGAGACUUCUGGUGCCCGGUACCACAAAUCUUAUCAGCACCAAUAUCCAUACUCAGUUCCUACGAGUAUUGGCUAUUACCGCUCGAGCAAGCCCAAAUUUGUCUGCGGAACUCUUCAAGCUGAAUGUGGUUGAAACUCUCUAUCAGAUUCUUACGGGCGUUUCUCCCCCUAGUGAGACGGAGGAUGUUGCUUCGAAACUUGAUAGUGUUGUAAUCAUGCAGGCAUUGAUCCAUCGACCACGCGAGCAGAUUAUUGAGACCCUCAACGUUGUUUGCGAGUUACUCCCAGGCGCAAAGGGAAACGACGGUUCGACACCUCCAAUUCCCGCCGAUCUCGAUCUUGCCGAGCCUAUCGCUUCUUCGUCCCUUGGGUCGCGAAGGAAGUCAUCUAACGAGAAAAGGCUGGAGUUACUCGACGGAUGCAAGGACCAAGUGAGGAGAUUUGCGUUGAUCUUAUUUCCUACCUUAACCGAUGCAUUUUCGAGUACCGUAAAUCUGAGCGUCCGACAAAAGGUUCUCACGGCUCAGUUAAAGAUGCUGUCAAACUUGGAUAAGGACAUACUCGUUGAUGCAUUAAAAGCUGUCCCAUACGCUUCAUUCCUGGCAGCUAUAUUAUCCCAGCGAGACCAUCCUUCGCUAGUGAUGUCGGCCAUUCAGAUAACAGAACUGCUUCUAAACCGACUAGAUGAUAUUUAUCGCUACCAAAUUUACCGCGAGGGUGUCGUCAGCGAACUAACCAAACUGGCGGCUGAGUAUCAAGAACCCGAAACUAAGGCACCAGAGACAUCUCGAGACCAUAGCAUGGUAUCUGGAGAUGAAGGGGACAGAGUUUCGAUACAUAAUGGCUCCGACGACGAAGACGAUGAGGAGCAUGACGAAGAUGAGGAUGAAGAUGAGGACGAAAACGACGAAGACGAUCAAGAAAACGACCGUCAUGAUGACGAUUUGUCUGGGUCGCCUGCUAGCUCUGAUGGAUCUACUAUGUCCAUCGAUGGGCCGCCCCGACCUUUUAUUGGCGACCUUCCGUCUAUGAAGUCACGCAUCGCCGAGGUUGCGAAGAAGUUCUUCGAGACCCACGAAACAGAAAAGCAUAGUAAGGCUGUGAGAAAGAAGGCUAAGAAGAUUCUUGAUAACCUUGAAGCUCUCGCAUCUGGAAUCGAGGAAUUCUAUCUUCGUAGGACCGCUAGCGAUCUAUCGGCUAAGAAUGGAACUGCUCUCUUCGAGAGCCUGGCAUCCUACUUCGAUACCGAUCUCCUGGACAGCGUAACGAGUGCCGAGUUACUUGCUUCAGGACUCGUACGUGUCCUAGAAGACGUCUUCAGCAAUCCUGACGAUGCAUUGGCCAACGACGCACGUGCUGCAUUCCUGGAGGUUUUCAUGGGUCGUUACGUUAACUCAAGGCCAAAGACUGCGACUGCGGAUUCGCCUACAACACCAUUCAGUGUCUUAAUCCACAAACUUCAGGAUCUGCUCAGUCGCUCGGAACAUUUUGAAGUCAUUACCGUUCAUCAUAGUACAUUCGAUGGUAACCGCAGCAGCGCAGCAUCCAUGCUUGCGAAGCAGAUCAGGCUGAAAUUGGUUGCUGAUGAGGACUCCGAUAUUCCGCGAUCUUUCCGCAGUAUUAACGUCCAUAUCCACGCUAUUGCAACUUUCAAGGCUCUUGAUGACUGGUUACGACCACGAAUCAGCCUUCACGAACGCCCCCGCGCGACUAGACCUCGUGAUGGAUUAUCUCGAGCCCUAGCUGCAAUGGCUAAUUCGGCAGGGCUCUCAUCAGCGGAACGCCUCGCUGAAAGACUAGGAUCCGGUUUUUCAGGCAGUCCACCUGCGAUUCCAAUGCCGUCCCAGGCGUCUGGCUCUCGUGGACCACGAAGAUCUAAAUCAAAGCAACCAGGACAAUCUGAUGCACCAGCUACGCCAACUUCUACACCUGGAUCUGGUCGGGAAAAGGCAAUAUUGCGUAGGUCGACUCGACGCCAACCCACACAGCCGAGCGAAUCACAUACUCCUGUUCCUCCACCACCACCUCCCGAGGAGGAUGAAGAUCUACAGAAUGCAUUAGAGUGCGCCGACGAAAAGCCAAUCAGUGAUGAUGACGAAGAAGCUGAGGCGGCCGAUAGCAGCGCUUUGGACGCCAUAGUUGGCGAGUUGGAUGAAGAUAUGGAAGAUGCUCCUGCUCCGGAUCCAUCUGCGGUAAACCUUGUGGAGGCUGCUGGAGGAAAGAUUACAGCUAGGAAAGAAGAUGGAACUCGGGUUCCCACUCCAGCUCACAGUGGCCCGGGCAAUCCUCCAGGUCGAAGUGCGCCGCCCCAACCCUCAGGAUCGCAACAGAACACACCGACACCCAGUGGUUCGGCUUCUUCCCGGCCGCUUUCCUAUGCGGCCGCUAUUCAGUCCGUACCUCAAGACUGGCAUAUCGAGUUCAGUCUGAAUGAUCGGGUGAUCCCGAACGAGACGACCAUUUACCGCGCCGUGCACAAUACCUCAACUUCUACAGAUGACCAUCUAAGCCGUAGUGUCUGGUCCACUAUGCAUAAUAUCAAGUUCCGCCGUGUUCCUGGGCCGCCGCCUGCUGAGCCUAUUGGUUUCGGGUCUUCAUUCGACGGGUCGUUAGACGUAAACGGCGUACCUCCUUCGCUUGCGAACAAUCCAACAGCUGCAUCUAUUCUCCGCCUCUUAAACAUACUCCAUGACCUGAAUACUAACAUUGACGAUAUCAUGGUGGAGAAUAAGAACGCAUUGAAGCUAAAUGUGGAACCUCUAUCACAGUUCGUCAACACGAAAUUGACUGCUAAGCUGAAUAGGCAGUUAGAGGAACCUCUAAUCGUGGCGAGCAACUGUUUACCGGGCUGGAGCGAAGAUCUGGCCCGACUAUACCCCUUCCUUUUCCCCUUCGAGACUCGUCACCUUUUCCUCCAAUCGACGUCGUUCGGUUAUGCUCGAUCUAUGAGUCGGUGGCAGAGCGCUCAACAGGAGGAAACGUCGCGUCGCGACCGGCGAGAUGAGCAUCUGUUCCUUGGUCGACUUCAACGCCAAAAAGUACGGAUCUCGCGAUCGAAGAUCCUUGAAUCAGCUUUGAAGGUGAUGGAACUCUAUGGUAGCUCACAGAGUAUUCUCGAGGUUGAAUACUUCGAAGAAGUUGGGACGGGUCUUGGUCCUACCCUAGAGUUCUAUUCUACAGUGUCGAAGGAGUUUUCAAAGAAAAAACUUAAGCUCUGGCGUGAUAUGGACUCUAAUGAUUCAGACGAGUUCAUUUCUGGCGCUACUGGCUUAUUUCCUCGACCGUUGAGCGACGAGGACCCAAGCGCCGCCGUGAUCCUCCAGUUGUUCAAGGUACUUGGGAAGUUCGUCGCACGAUCCAUGAUAGAUUCGCGCAUAAUUGAUCUCAACUUCAACCCUAUCUUCUUCCGUAUCGGCGAGGGUUCCUCUAGUGUGAAGCCGUCGCUGGGUGCCGUAAAGAUCGUGGACCCUUGGUUAGCAAACUCUCUCAAGCACAUCAAGAAGUUCGCAAUUGCAAAGAAAGCUAUCGACGAAGAUCCUCGUCGUACGCCUGCGCAAAAGGUUGCCGAUACCGAGAAAAUUGUUGUCGACAACGGGACUCUGGAGGAACUUGCAUUGGAUUUUACAUUGCCUGGUUAUCCUGACAUUGAGCUUGUACCUGGAGGCUCACAAAUUUCAGUUACUAUUGAUAACGUCGAGUCAUAUCUAGAUAAGGUUACUGAUUUAACACUCGGUCGUGGCGUCCAACGUCAAGUAGAGGCUUUCCGAACCGGCUUUUCUCAGGUGUUCCCAUAUUCCGCCUUGAGCGCUUUCACACCGGACGAAUUGGUGGCACUAUUUGGCCGUGUUGAAGAGGAUUGGUCUCUAGAGACCCUUAUGGACUCUAUCAAAGCAGAUCAUGGAUUCAACAUGGAUAGCAGAACCGUCCGAAAUCUCCUCCAGACUAUGAGCGAGCUUUCUCCUGCGCAACGCCGCGACUUCCUGCAAUUCACUACUGGUAGUCCAAAACUUCCUAUUGGAGGUUUCAAGAGCUUGACCCCUAUGUUUACCGUGGUUUGUAAACCCAGUGAACCACCCUAUACAUCUGAUGACUACCUCCCAAGCGUCAUGACUUGCGUCAACUACCUAAAGUUACCAGACUACACUACUAUCGACAGCAUGAGGCGACAGCUCUUCACUGCUAUUAGAGAAGGUCAAGGCGCAUUCCAUCUGUCCUGAUCCACAUAUUUGAGGGUUUUACGGGCGAUGAACAAGCCGAGGAUUUCAUAUCAAAAUUAUGUCACAGGGUUGGGGCAUUGACGAAGCAAAAUGAGGCAUUGAUUUAUUUCUUCUUCGUCCCGGCGUAAUAAGUGAGGGGUGGCUUUUCUUUUCUUUGGCAAAACCGGUCAUAAUUCCCCUUUGACGCCCAUCACGAUUCUUAACAAUGAAGAUGGAAGUCAAAGCAAGAACAAGAGAAGGAAACACGGAAAAACGCCGAGAAGGACUUGUCUGAUGCAUGGAAAGGUUGUUUCGGCGCAGGAAUGAAACAUGAUUCCAGGCGGGGAUAUUUGGCAUCAGACUGGACAGCCCUGACAAGGUCUAGUAGCACUUGCUUUGUUUGACUCUUCGCACAAGGGUGGCUUCAUCAGGUAGAUAGACUGGCCAAUUUGUCAAGUAUUCAUUUCCACAUUUUGGGCAUCUUCUGCGUAAUACAAAUUUGCUGUCUUACCGCUUCUCGUUCUCAUGCAUUGCAUAUUGCUGUGAUAAUUUUUGAGAAU